CCGGUGGAGUUAGAACCUGUGUGGAGGUGGUGCGGAGCGCUUCGCCUCUGCGCGGCUGAGCAACCAGGUCGUCCUGCGGGCUGCGGCGAAGCCCUGUAAUAAAGAAGGCACGAGAGUUUGGAGCUUCGAUUGAAGCCCGGCGAGCCGGAGACGUCAAGCCAGGAGUCAUGAGCGACAGCGGCGAGCAGAACUACGGCGAACGGGAAUCCCGUUCUGCUUCCAGAAGUGGAAGUGCUCACGGAUCGGGGAAAUCUGCAAGGCAUACCCCUGCAAGGUCUCGCUCCAAGGAAGAUUCCAGGCGUUCCAGAUCAAAGUCCAGGUCCAGAUCUGAAUCUAGGUCUAGAUCCAGAAGAAGCUCUCGAAGGCAUUAUACAAGGUCAAGAUCUCGAUCUCGUUCUCAUAGACGUUCUCGUAGCAGGUCUUACAGUCGAGAUUAUCGCAGACGCCACAGCCACAGCCAUUCCCCCAUGUCUACUCGAAGGCGUCAUGUUGGGAAUCGGGCAAAUCCUGACCCAAACUGUUGUCUUGGAGUGUUUGGGUUGAGCUUGUACACCACAGAAAGAGAUUUAAGAGAAGUAUUCUCUAAAUACGGCCCCAUUGCUGAUGUGUCUAUUGUAUAUGACCAGCAGUCUAGGCGCUCCAGAGGAUUUGCCUUUGUGUAUUUUGAAAAUGUGGAUGAUGCCAAGGAAGCUAAAGAACGUGCCAAUGGAAUGGAACUUGAUGGGCGUAGGAUCAGAGUUGAUUUCUCUAUAACAAAAAGACCACAUACCCCAACACCAGGAAUUUACAUGGGGAGACCUACAUAUGGCAGUUCACGCCGUCGGGAUUACUAUGACAGAGGAUAUGACCGUGGCUAUGAUGAUCGGGACUACUACAGCAGAUCGUACAGAGGAGGUGGUGGUGGAGGAGGUGGAUGGAGAGCUGCUCAAGACAGGGAUCAAAUUUACAGAAGGAGGUCACCUUCUCCUUACUAUAGUCGUGGAGGAUACAGAUCACGCUCCAGAUCUCGAUCCUACUCACCUCGUCGCUACUAAAGCAUGAAGAUGAAGACUUUCUGAAACCUGCCAUAGAGCUGGCUGGGAUAUUGUUUGUGGACAAUAUUUUUAUUGUCUGUUUAAAAAGUGAACAGUGCCUAGUGAAGUUAGGUGACUUUUACACCUUUUAUGAUGACUACUUUUGG